CUGUUAUCUUUGCUCUGAUUGUAUUGAUGUGAUUAUUGAGAGUGAAGUUGUGAAAUGUAGCAGGUUUAUAGAUCAGUCAGAGCAGCAGAUUUAAUUACCCCACACUGUAAAUCAAGAGGAACAGAACUAAACUAUAAGCAGCAGUAGCAGCGUCGGGGGCGGGUGGUGUGUGAGUGUCCCGGAUGCACAGUCCAGCGUGCGUGUGCGGAGCGUGUGUGCAGAGCGCGUGUUUACAGGAUGGAGGACGAGGUGCGCGCGCUGGUGCUGGAGCUGUUUGAUGUGCGCGCGGUGAAGUUCGGGCAGUUUAAGCUGAAGAGCGGACUGACCUCUCCUGUUUACUUCGACCUGAGAGUCAUCGUCUCCUACCCCCAGCUCCUCAACCAGGUGUCCAGUUUGCUGUAUCAGUGUGCGGCGGAUGCGGGGGUGCGGUAUGACUGUGUGUGUGGGGUCCCGUAUACGGCGCUGCCACUCGCCACCAUCAUCUGCUCCACCAAGAACUACCCCAUGCUGAUCCGCCGGAAAGAGGCCAAGGACUAUGGUACGAAGCGUCUGAUCGAGGGGAACAUUCGUCCAGGUGAUAAGUGUCUGAUCGUGGAGGACGUGGUGACGAGCGGCAGCAGUGUGCUGGAGACGGCUCAGGUGCUUCAGGCCGAGGGGUUAAAGGUCACGGAUGCAGUGGUGCUCCUGGACCGGGAGCAGGGGGGCGGAGCCAAGCUGGCGGACGAGGGCGUCACCCUCCACCCGGUCAUCAGCAUCUCCACCCUGCUGUCUGUGCUGCUGAGCGCCGGACGCAUCGACCAGGAGAUGUGCAGCAGUGUGGAGAGGUUCGUGCGGGAGAAUCAGACGUUCCGGGCGGGUCAGGAGAACGGUUCUGUGGUGAAGAGGAAGUGUGAGGAGCUGAGUUACAGUGCCCGUGCCGCUCUGCCCGGUGCCCACCCGCUGGCGGCGCGGCUGCUGCGGCUGAUGGAGCAGAAGCGCAGUAACCUGUGCGUGUCGGCGGACGUGACGGCGGCGGCGGAGCUGCUGGAGCUGGCCGAGCUGCUGGGGCCGCUGAUGUGCGUGCUGAAGACUCACGUGGACGUUCUGCAGGACUUCACGCCGGAGCUGCGUGACCGUCUGCAGGAGAUCGCCCACAAACACGACUUCCUCUUAUUCGAGGAUCGCAAGUUCGCAGACAUCGGGAACACCGUGAAGCACCAGUACCAAGGUGGUGUGUAUCAGAUCUCCUCGUGGGCACACAUAGUAAAUGCCCAUGCGGUGCCCGGGCCGGGUGUGGUUGAGGGUCUGCGGGCAGUGGGUCAGUCUCUGGGGCGGGGCUGUCUCCUCAUCGCUCAGAUGAGUUCUCAGGGAUCGCUGGCCACCGCUGAGUACACCCAGGCUGUGGUAAAAAUGGCUGAGAGUUUUCCAGACUUUGUGUUCGGCUUCAUCAGCGGCUCGAAGAUCAGCUCUAAUCCGGAGUUAAUCCACAUGACCCCGGGAGUUCAGAUGCAGAGCGGAGGUGAUGGACUCGGGCAGCAGUACACCACUCCGGAGGAGGUGAUUGGUUCCAAGGGCUCUGACAUCAUCAUCGUGGGGAGGGGGAUCAUUGCCAGUGAGGACAGGCUGAAGGCAGCAGAGGAGUACAGGAAGGCCGGCUGGGAGGCGCAUCUCAACAGACUGUCCGCAUCCAGCUAACCAGAACCAGAACUAGAACCUUCUCAAAUAAUCCAGAUCAAGAUCCUGAUUCUCAUUCUUAGUCUCAUUUCUCAUUUCUGCUGCUUCUGCUUUCUGCUCUGAAAGCUUCAGAAAACAAAGAAUAAAGAACUUUCCGUUUAUUAGUGUUUAUUAAUAAGGGUUUAAUCUACAGUUACAGUAGAUACAGAAUCACCAGCACCGUAAUCUGUCAGAUCUCAGCACAACACCACUUCUUUUUCUUCUUCUGUUGUUUAAUAGUUGAUUUAUUUUCAGACUCAACCUCCUGUAACUGGUCUAGAAAGUAAAUCUGAAUCAGCUAGAAAAGUGAUUUAUACUGCAAACGAACAGGACUGUGAUUUAGUUAAUCUAGACUGAGAACACCUCUUUUGAUUGGACCUAAUAAUUGGUCCAUAAUUGUGGUCUGGACCAAUAAGAAAUCUGUUAAAACUGUGUUGAGUACAUCAUGUUUAGAAGAGCUGUUUAUUUUGUAUUCAGAAAGUUACCAAAAGGUAUUAAAACUGGUUUAAACACAUUUCAGAUGUUUAUUUCAGGUUCAUUUCACAUCUGCCUUGUGAUUUGUUUAAUUUUAUACAGUUUCUUGAUGUUAAUAACGACGAGGAUGAUGAUGAUGAUGAUGUUAAUUUGUUACUGAGCUCACACUGCUGUGCAUGUAAAUGCCUUUAAUGCUGACCUGAACGUGCAUUUAGACUUUUUGUUAUUUUGCCAAAUAAAAUGUAAUAAUUGAUCGUUUUGUUUAAUAAAUCUCAAUAAAACACUUAAUGCAGA